GGCGAGCGGCGCUGCAUAUACGUAGACGCGCCGAGCGUCUGGCCACAGCAUCGUCAGUCUCGCGUAGUCGAUUGCGCAGAUCCCUUGCAAAGACGACGACUCUGCGUCCCUAGCCGCCCACGUCUCAAGCUUCGAGGACAGCUGCGUUCGCGAUGACUUCGCGGGGCUCAUCGAAGACGUCUCGUAAGCGGUCGCGUUCGGCGUAUCCGCACGUAUACUUCAAGAGGCAACCGUUCUACGAUGUCAUGGCCACACUGAUCCCGGCGACGCGCCUUAGGAGCGACGGACACUCGCGGGGCCACAAGUGUUUUCGCUUCCAUUUCUUGCCGCAUCACGUGAACGAAAUCUUCACGUCGCUGUCGCGUAACACAGUGACGGCCGGUACGGAGUUCGGGGUGCAGGUGCACCUCCGCUUAUGCUUGGACGACAGGAACGGCGAACAGGAGGACAGCUACCCGGCCGGUUUGACCGUGAAGGUGAACGAUCAGGCCUGCGAACUGCCGGCGUCGAUUCCUGUGCAGGCGCCCGGCGGUGCGACCGUACGCGGAAACCAGCCCGUCAACAUCGUGUCCUUCUGCUUUCUGCAUCCCGACAUGAAGAACAAGCUUUCGCUGAACUGGCAGCGCGAACGGGACCGUGAGUACGUCGUCGGGGUGUUCCUGGUGCGGAGGAAAUCGGCGGCCACGAUGCUUCGGGAACUGCAGGAGAGAGAUGCUCCGAGCGCGGUCACGACCAGAGAGCUUAUCAAGAAGAAAGUGCAGGAGCGAGCAAGCGGUGGCGACGACAUCGCGGUGACCAGCUUUCACGUUUCUCUCACUUGCCCGCUGAGCAAGAAGCGGAUGAGCGUUCCGUGCCGCGCGCAUGUGUGCAAGCACGUUCAGUGCUUCGACGCUCCGAGCUACCUGCAGGUCAACGAGACGCGGCCCACGUGGAUGUGUCCCGUGUGUGGUCGGCGGGCCACGUUCUUCUCGCUGUUCGUGGACAAGCUUUUUAAACAGAUUGUCGAGAAAGCGCCUGCCGACUGCGACAGCGUCGUUUUCCGCAGGGACGGCUCCUGGACCCCGUCGGCGUCGCCCAAAGUUGACGUCCCAGCUGGCAAAGCCUCGACGUCAUCUGCUAGGAGCUCGAAGGGGCCUUCGUCGUCCUCGUCCAACGAGUAUGACGGGCGGCCCAGCAAGCGGCCUAAGACGAAGUUUGUUGACCUCACCGUGGAUGUCAUUGACCUUACCGGACACGGCGGGGACGAGGCGAUGGGCCCCGGAGCUGGCGUUGGUCUUCGACCGGAGCCCGCAAGUACUAGGCAUGACCCCUUUGCGAGUAUUGACCCAUCCGCUCCUCUAGUCGUCUCCGGUGACGUGUCACCGGAGCCGGUAUGUGUCGAAGUCGUGAACACGGGUGGAUUUGACAUUCGUAAAAUCAUUUUCUGAACGGCACCGGCCGCCCCGAUGGCGUUGUUUCCAGCGCUUCCGCGGACUUCAGCGUGCCUCCUUCUAAUCGCGUGCGGCUGCAACAGGCGCCUUUUCAAUUGUGUGAAAGUACCCAUCGACGUCGAUUUGUUAUAUAAAUGGCGUUUUUGUCGCACCGAAAGGUUCCAAGGUGCGGUACAUUUUCCCCUAUUGUUACGAUCAUUAGGAAUGACCACGUUCUCGUCGAUAAAACUGGUCGAAAUCAGAUAGCAAGCUGAUUAUGUAUCACCUUCUUCCGUUGUCUCCUGCAGCAAGUGACAGUCUAUUCGUGCCUC